CCACUGUCCUCCGUGAUGGAGAGAAACACAAUGUCAAUGCAGAAAAGCUUGUGAUGGGAGAUGUCAUUUUUGUAAAAUUUGGGGACAGGGUACCAGCUGAUAUCCGAGUGCUUGAAGCUCGUGGGUUCAAGGUUGACAACUCUUCCCUUACUGGUGAAUCAGAACCUCAAGCUCGCACACCAGAAUUCUCUCACGAUAAUCCUUUAGAGACAAAGAACUUGGCCUUCUUCUCCACAAAUGCAGUUGAAGGAACCUGCACUGGGAUUGUUGUCCAAAUUGGUGACAAUACUGUCAUGGGACGCAUUGCAAACUUAGCUAGCGGAUUGGGAUCAGGAAAAACGCCUAUUGCCGUGGAAAUUGAGCAUUUCAUCCAUAUCAUCACUGGAGUUGCCGUAACCCUUGGAGUGACAUUCUUUAUUCUUUCCGUGAUCUUGGGAUAUGAGUUGCUGGUUGCUUUUAUAUUUUUAAUUGGUAUCAUUGUUGCCAAUGUACCGGAAGGACUUCUAGCAACUGUUACGGUUUGUCUGACAUUAACUGCAAAGCGUAUGGCAGCCAAGAACUGUCUGGUGAAGAACUUGGAGUCUGUUGAGACUCUUGGCAGUACAUCAACCAUCUGCUCUGACAAGACGGGAACUUUGACACAAAACAGAAUGACCGUGGCACACAUGUGGUUUGACAAUAAAAUCUUUGAAGCUGACACCACAGAAGAUCAGUCAGGAACUCCUAUGGAAAAGACUGAUACCUGGAAUUCGCUGGCUAAAAUUGCAGGCUUGUGUAAUCGUGCUGAGUUUAAGACAGGCCAAGACGGUGUUCCUGUUCUCAAAAGGGAAACAAAUGGAGAUGCUUCUGAAUCAGCCCUGCUAAAAUGCAUUGAACUUCAAGUAGGCAAUGUGUCUCAGAUGCGUGAGAAAAACAAGAAGAUUGCUGAAAUCCCAUUUAACUCCACUAACAAAUACCAAGUCUCCAUCCAUGAGCAAGCAAAUGAUGAGGACCCUCGUUACUUACUGGUGAUGAAGGGAGCACCAGAACGCAUUCUAGAGCGCUGCUCCACAAUUCUGAUUAAUGGCAAGGAAGAGGUUUUGGAUGACAACAUGAAAGAAGCUUUUGAGAAGGCUUAUCUAGAACUGGGUGGAAUGGGGGAGCGAGUGUUGGGUUUUUGCCACUUCUUCCUCAAUGUUGAAGAAUAUCCUCCUGGAUUCGAGUUUGUAACUGAUGAUCCUCCUAAUUUCCCACUUGAAAACUUGUGCUUUGUUGGUCUCAUGUCCAUGAUUGAUCCUCCUCGUGCCGCUGUCCCCGAUGCCGUCAGCAAAUGUCGCAGUGCUGGAAUCAAAGUUAUCAUGGUCACUGGUGAUCAUCCAAUCACAGCUAAGGCCAUUGCGAGGGGAGUGGGAAUUAUAUCUGAAGACAUGGAGACUGUGGAGGACAUUGCAGAGCGACUGGGAGUUCCAGUGGCUGAAGUCAACCCUCGUGAUGCUAAAGCAAUUGUAGUACAUGGAGGACAACUGAAGGAUAUUUCAAGGGAACAGCUAGAUGAAAUCCUAAAGAAUCACACAGAGAUUGUAUUUGCCAGAACAUCUCCACAACAGAAGCUGAUCAUUGUUGAAGGCUGUCAGCGACAGGGCGCCAUUGUUGCUGUGACUGGAGAUGGUGUCAAUGAUUCCCCAGCCUUGAAGAAAGCUGACAUUGGUGUUGCUAUGGGCAUUGCUGGCUCAGAUGUGUCCAAGCAGGCAGCAGACAUGAUCUUGUUGGAUGACAACUUUGCUUCCAUCGUCACUGGAGUUGAAGAAGGUCGUUUGAUCUUCGACAACUUGAAGAAGUCCAUCGCCUACACACUGACCAGUAACAUUCCCGAGAUCACGCCAUUCUUGAUGUUCAUCAUUAUCGGUAUUCCCCAACCCCUUGGAAUUAUCACCAUUCUCUGUAUUGACUUGGGAACUGAUAUGGUUCCUGCCAUCUCCUUGGCGUAUGAGAAGGCAGAGAGUGACAUUAUGAAGAGGAAACCUCGUGACCCCCAACAUGACAAACUUGUGAAUGAAAGAUUGAUUGCUAUGACGUAUGGACAAAUUGGUUUUAUCCAGUUUGAUGAGUAUGAUCUGUUUUUGCCUUCAGGUCGUUUGAUCUUCGACAACUUGAAGAAGUCCAUCGCCUACACACUGACCAGUAACAUUCCCGAGAUCACGCCAUUCUUGAUGUUCAUCAUUAUCGGUAUUCCCCAACCCCUUGGAAUUAUCACCAUUCUCUGUAUUGACUUGGGAACUGAUAUGGUUCCUGCCAUCUCCUUGGCAUAUGAGAAGGCAGAGAGUGACAUUAUGAAGAGGAAACCUCGUGACCCCCAACAUGACAAACUUGUGAAUGAAAGAUUGAUUGCUAUGACGUAUGGACAAAUUGGUUUUAUCCAGGCUUUGGGAGGUUUCUUCACCUACUUUGUGAUUAUGGCAGAGAAUGGCUUCUUACCAACUCGUCUGAUUGGAAUCCGAGAAGAAUGGGAAGACAAGGCUAAUAAUGGUGUACUGGAUAGCUAUGGACAAGAAUGGACCUACAGUCAACGAAAAAUUCUUGAAUACACUUGUCACACCGCCUUCUUUGUCAGUAUCGUUGUUGUGCAGUGGGCAGAUCUGAUCAUUUGUAAGACUCGCAAGAACUCCAUUUUGCAGCAAAAGAUGACGAACAAAGCCCUAAACUUUGGUUUGAUUUUUGAAACUGCACUAGCGGCGCUGCUUUGUUACACGCCUGGUUUGUCCACUGGUCUGCGGAUGUACCCAUUACUUGCUGCCUGGUGGUUCCCAGCUGCUCCAUUCAGUUUGUUGAUCUUUGUGUACGAUGAGUGCCGCAGAUACAUCAUCCGAAGACACCCAGGAUGUUGGCUGGAACAAGAAACAUACUAUUGAUCAAACAUUAUCGCGAGUGGAAUUUUGCUGCAUUGGUUUUUUGGAAUGAUCACGCACUGAUGUAAACCACGCUGAGAGUGGAUUGGAGUGUAAUGGACUGAUGAAUCACCCCUUGCUGUGAUGGCUUAUCUUUUAGAGUGACAAUCACGUGUCUUCGAUAUUAUAAAGGCACUUUGCGCUGAUGUAUUCUUAAUAUAUGCUUAAGCCUUUUUUUCAUUUAUCAAAGAAUUUAAAAGCCCUUCUCCAUUCGUUCAUUCUUCCUAUUAUAUUGAAUAUGAUAUAACUGGAACAUUGUUCUGCGAAAUCAUCAAGACCGUUUUAUGGUUUUUUGAAGGGAAGAUAUUUUUGACAAGCUAGGCCAUAUUCCAUAUUAUCGUACCAGAAUUGUGAUAUUCGCUCAUUCUGUACAGUGUUAUUACGGGCUUAUACAAGAAUAAAAACGAUUGAACAUUUUUA